ACUCAUCAAAUUCUCUCAAUGUGUAAGCCUAAAUAUAGUCAUGUGUGAUCUUGUUUGAUUUGUCUUAACAUAUAGAUUAUUAAUAUAUAAUUUCUAUAAUUUUUUAAUAUACAAAUUACAAGAUAAAAUAGAUUAAAGAAGUGUAUUGGAUGGUGUGUAAAAAUAAAAGUGGACAAAUACUCUGGGACGGAGGUAAUAUGACGAAAGAAGUAUUAUCAAUAAUUGGUCACAUACUCUCGAUUCUUUUAAAUGUACAUGAGCCCGGAGAUUUCUCGUUGUUGACCGGAGCUGUCAACAGACCACCGGUAACCGCUCAGUCAUUCUACUGAUAAGCUGAGUUUGAUCUGGGCUUGUUCCGUCGAUGAAGUGCAGAUCCGUUGCAUGUAUUUGGUCAGGCUCACCGCCGGCCCACAAAGUCACCGCCGUAGCCGUACUGAACCACCCUUCCACACUCUACACUGGCGGCUCCGAUGGCUCCAUCAUCUGGUGGAACCUCUACUCUUCCGCCGAAUCUGCUCUGGAAUUUAAGCCAAUUUCUAUCCUGUGUGGUCAUGCUGCUCCAAUAGUUGAUUUAGCUAUAUGUUGUCCCACAUCAGUUUCUGGGGAUGGUAGAUUAGAUGAGCCCAAUAAUAAUGUGGUAUCCAAUUCUAACUGUGGUGCAUUAAUAAGUGUAUGCACUGAUGGUGUCAUGUGCGUUUGGAGCAGAGCCAGUGGGAACUGCAGACGCAGACGGAAAUUGCCUCCUUGGACGGGAACCCCAUCUAUAGUCCGGAUAUUUCCUGAAAACCGUAGAUAUGCCUGCAUUGCUUGCUGCACGACUGAUUCCGUUAAUCAACAUGAUCAUCAGUCACUUGAUGCGGGAGUUGAAAGCUUGGUCGAUUCAGAGUCACAGCCUGCUAAACCCUCUAAGUGCACAGUCAUUAUUGUUGAUUCAUAUACUCUUAAUGUUCUUCAGACUGUUUUCCAUGGAUUCUUAUCCAUUGGACCUUUAAAGUCCAUGAAUAUAGUUUCAUCUGCCGGAGGUGAAUUGAUGCAGUCAGUUAUGAUGGUUGACAUUUUUGGGAAAGUACAGUGUGUGCCAAUAUUGAAGGAUUUUAUUUCGAGCACAGAAAAUGUUAGACCAACACCAAGUAAUCCUUCUAGUUUAGGGAGUACAGGCUGGGUAGAUGGGUUGGAUGACAGAGGGCUUCUGUUGUCAUUCCUAAAAUGUGGCCAGGUCUUUGGUUGUUUGUAUAGAACAUGCUGCAUAUUUUGUUUAUUAGAGGAUGGAAGCAAAAUAGGUGAAAUUUUGUUCUUAGAUGGUCCACUUUGUUUGGAAGGCUGUUACAUCGUUGGGGGCAUGGUUCUUAGAGAUGAUAAAACUGAGAUGGGACUUGAUUCGGAGAAUUCAUAUAAUUUAUUUGCUGUUUGGAAUAAUAGAGGUUCAGCUGUUGUAUACAAGGUAUUGUAUUCAAGGAACAUCUUCAAGUAUGAAUCCAUAUAUACCAUAUCUGCCACUUCCCACUCUUAUGGUAUGAGAUCAUCUAUAUCCUUUGCUCAAUUAAACAAAUGCCUUAUCCGGGUUGAAUCAGUUUGCUUUCAUGAAGAAGAACCAGUGCUUUGGAUGCCACAUUUAACAAUUUGGUCAUUGCCUGAGCAGUGUGGUAACUAUGUGAAGCUACCUCAAGAUUGUGACAUGAUUGGUGAGGGAAUUUAUUCUAAUGAUUGGAUAUUGAACCUUACUUCGGAUACUCAUGGUGUUAGGCAUGAUGUUAGAGUGAAAUCAAAAACCACUGACCAUAAUGUUUCAAACACUGAUCGUUCAUGUGAUAGAAGAGAGUUAGUAUCUUCAUCAAUGGUUAUUUCUGAAGACUAUGUGCCUUUAGCUGUUGUUAAUGGCUUCUGUAAUGGUGACAUAAAAGUAAUGUGUUUUGACAUGUUUUUUGAAGAAUCAAAUUUUCCCAGCCUAAGUCCCCGUCAAAGGAAACACACAAAUGAACAGUAUCUCACCGGUCACAGGGGAGCUGUACUAUGUUUAGCUGCACAUCAACUGAGGAAAUCUUCUGAAGGGACUUCUGCUUAUAUUUUGUUGUCAGGAAGCAUGGACUGCACCAUUCGUAUGUGGGAUCUUGACUCUAGCAAUCCACUUGUGGUAAUGCACCAGCAUGUAGCUCCAGUCCGCCAAAUUAUUCUCCCUCCACCUCAAACUGACCAUCCUUGGAAUAAUUGCUUUCUUUCGGUUGGGGAAGAUUCAUGUGUUGCCCUUGCUUCACUUGACACUAUGCGGGUGGAGCGGAUGUUCCCAGGUCACCCGUUUUAUCCUUCAAAAGUUAUGUGGGAUAGUAGGAGAGGCUAUAUAGCCUCUCUCUGUUCAAAUCAGACCGGAGAUUCUGCUCGAGUUGAUAUUCUUUACAUUUGGGAUGUGAAGACUGGGGCUCGUGAGAGGGUCCUCCGUGGAGCUGCUGCCCAAUCAAUGUUUGAACAUUUCUGUUUAGGCAUCAACAAAAGUCUUCCUCCUGGCUGUAUGAUUUAUGGGAAUACGUCUGCUUCCUUGAUGCUUUUUCCUGUUAUUGAGGAAACGAAGCAUUCACAAUCUCAUUUACAAACUUCAGGGAAGGCUAUUUCUUCGUCAAAGACCUCUUCUGCUAGUACAAGCACAAAUUACAGUGUUACAUCUGCAUGUGUCAAUGGUGAAAAUGCUGCAGGGUCUAUUGCUUCUGCCUCCCAAAGCAAAAACCAACCAAUCAAGAGCUUUUGUCCAUUUCCUGGAAUUUCUGCUCUAUCUUUUGAUCUUACAGCUCUCAUGUCUCUUUGUCUGAGGUCUGAGCCUUUCAGAAGUGAGUUUGAUAACAUUGAUAAAAGCCAAUCAAAAAUGGUAAGGAUUGAUAGUCACACACAAGGCACUGAAACUAAAGUGAGCAUUCAUAGAAAGGAGCUUGAAAAGGGGUUGCCUGGUCAGCACCAUGUGAUUGAAGAUAAUGAAGUUGAUGUGACUAAGAGAGAUGCUGCACAAUAUCAUGAGUGGAUCUGCUCUAUUGAAAGGUGUCUACUUCAGUUCACUUUGGCUUUAUUACAUUUGUGGAAUGUGGAUUAUNAACUGCUAGUGACUGAAAUGAAGCUCAAGAGACCUACAAAUUUUCUUAUAUCUUCUGGUCUACUAGGGGAUAGAGGGUCUUUGACGUUGUCAUUUCCAGAUGCUCCUGCAACUCUUGAGCUUUGGAAAUCAUCAUCCGAGUAUUGCGCUAUUCGCUCACUAACUAUGGUCUCCCUUGCCCAACAUAUCAUUAGCUUGUCACCUGGCUAUUCAGCAGCUAGCAGUGCAUUUUCAGCAUUUUAUAUGCGCAAUUUGACAGAAAAGAUCCCAAACAUUAAGCCCCCUUUACUGCAGCUUUUAGUAAGCUUUUGGCAAGAUGAGAUUGAACAUGUAAAAAUGGCUGCACGUUCUUUGUUCCAUUGUGCUGCUUCACGAGCUCUACCUCCUCCACUCUGCAUGAAUAAAACAAAUCAUCGUGAAGAUCUUAUGGAUUAUUCAUAUGGACUGUCAGAAAAAGAAAAGUAUGAGAGGCACAUUGGGUUGGAAACAGAUUCUGAGGAUAAAGAAUCAGAAAUAUUAUCAUGGCUAGAGUCUUUUGAAAUGCAAGACUGGAUUUCUUGUGUCGGGGGAACAAGUCAAGAUGCAAUGACAUCUCAUAUCAUUCUUGCUGCUGCAUUGGCCGUUUGGUAUCCUAGCCUUGUGAAGCCAAAACUUCCCAUGCUAGUUGUUCACCCACUGAUGAAAUUGGUAAUGGCUAUGAAUGAAAGAUAUAGUUCCACUGCUGCAGAGAUUCUAGCAGAAGGAAUGGAGAGCACGUGGAAGGCAAUCAUUGUUUCUGAAGUAACUCGACUGAUAGUGGAUAUUUUCUUUCAAAUUGAGUGUGUCAGUGGUGCGUCUGCUAAUGCAUCCACACAAAUGUCAGCCCAAUCUGGAAAUAUUCAUGAAACUCUAGUUGAUGUUCUUCUCCCAACUUUGGCAAUUGCUGACGUGCCCGGUUAUCUUAAUGUAAUUGAAAGCCAAAUUUGGUCAACUGCAUCUGAUUCACCUGUGCAUGCAGUAUCCCUCAUGACUCUUACUAGGGUUGCACGUGGUUCUCCAAGGAGUUUAGUUCAGUACCUUGACAAGGUGGUUACUUUCAUUUUACAGACAAUGGAUCCUAGUAACUCGGUAAUGUGUAGGGCUUGCUUGCCAAGCUCAAUGGUUGCAUUGAAGGAAAUGGUUCGUAUAUUUCCUAUGGUAGCCCUUAAUGGUUCAUCAACAAAGCUGGCCAUCGGAGAUGCAAUUGGUGAUAUAAACAAUACAAGCAUUCGUAUAUAUGAUAUGCAAAGCAUUACCAAAAUAAAGAUCUUGGAUGCAAGCGGACCACCGGGACAUCCAAGUUUAAUUGGAGAAGCUUCAGAAAUGGCUGUAAAUACUUCAAUAUCUGCCCUUAGUUUUUCACCAGAUGGAGAGGGGCUCCUUGCUUUCUCUGAGAAUGGACUGAUGAUUAGAUGGUGGUCCUUAGGGUCUGUAUGGUGGGAGAAACUUGCCCGGAAUCUCGCUCCUGUCCAGUGCACCAAACUGAUCUUCGUUCCACCAUGGGAGGGGUUCUCACCUAAUUCAAGUAGGAUUAGUAUAAUGACUGCUGCUGCUUUUUCUAAAAAUGGACAACAUGCAUCAAAGGGGAGCUCCAAGCCUUCAAACGAAAUAGACAGAUUAAAACUUUUGGUUCAUAAUCUUGACUUAUCUUAUAGACUGGAAUGGGCUGGAGAAAGAAAAGUAAAACUCACACAACAUGGCCGUGAAUUGGGCAUUUUCCAGCUUCAAGUGUAAUUUCUUUUUAUUCUUUGUGUUCAACAUUUUCUUGUGCAUUCUACUUAUUCUUUGUAGUACUGUUUUUGGUUAAAUAGGGAUUGACAGGUAUAUGGCAAAUGGUUUUUUUUGUUGUAUAAAUGAAUGAUUCAAGUGGAAAUUGAUGUGUCGGGUGUUUUGAUUAUUGAUGCAGUUGGGAUAUUGGGAAUACACUGAAUCUAAUGUA